AUGUCCAUUGAACUUAAAUAUAAUAACCUUGGUGAAUCUGGAUUAAAAAUAGCACCAAUUAUUGUUGGUUGUUUAGGUUUUGGUACCAAGAAAUAUGCUGACUGGGUUAUAGAGGAUGAAGAAGAAGUGUUCAAGAUCUUAAAAAAAGCAUAUGAUGUUGGCUUAAGAACAUUUGAUACUGCAGAUGUAUAUUCAAUGGGUAAAUCAGAAGAAUUACUUGGUAAGUUUAUCAAAAAAUUCAAUAUCCCUAGAGAUAGAAUUGUAAUCAUGUCAAAAGUGUUUUACCCAGUUGAUCCUGAUACACCACGUUUUGGUUUAACCAAUUAUAACGAGUUCCCAGCAAUUAAUUAUGCCAACUCUAAAGGUUUAUCAAGAAAACAUAUUUUUGAUGCUGUUGAAGCUUCGGUGAAAAGAUUGGGAACUUAUAUGGAUGUCUUGCAACCACAUAGAUUAGACCCAGACACACCAAAAAAAGAAAUCAUGAAGGCAUUGAAUGAUGUUGUUGAUCAAGGAUAUGCCAGAUAUCUUGGGGCCUCUUCUAUGAAAGCUGUUGAAUUUGCCCAAUUACAGUUUAUUGCUGAGCAAAAUGGAUGGCACAAAUUCAUCAGUAUGCAGAACUAUUAUAAUUUGAUUUAUCGUGAAGAGGAAAGAGAAAUGAUUCCAUUUUGUCAAGACAAUGUUAUUAACAAAGUAGGGAUUAUUCCCUGGUCACCUAUUGCUAGAGGUGUAUUAGCUAGACCCGUUGGUAUAUCAUCGGAAACAUCCAGAGUUAAGUCUGAUACUGCUAGAUUUAAAAUGUUACAUCUUGAUGAAUUGACUGAUGCUGAUAUUGAGAUUAUAUCCCGAGUCGAGAAAGUGGCUAAGGAUAAAGGUUUCAGCAUGGCCGUGAUUGCCACAGCCUGGGUCAUAUCCAAGGGAUGCAAUCCUAUUGUUGGACUUUCGUCAACAGAAAGAAUAGAUGAUAUUAUCAAAGCAACCACAGUGACAUUUACUGACGAGGAGAUUAAAUUCUUGGAAGAACCUUAUGUCCCGAAGAAUGUCACCGACUAG